AUGGCUAGUACAGCUAUGCAGAAAGGCAGACUAAGACAACAGUUGUUGAAUAGUGAACUAGAUAUAAACGGGCUAAAUGAACCACAGGAGCAAAUGCCAGUUCAGCAAACGCCGGUGCAGCAGAUGCCUAUGGGUCCAAAUGGUGGAGUAUAUCAACAACAGCAGUAUGGACAAGCAUAUCCGCAAGCAUUUGGGGCCAAUGUGCCUAAUGGGCCACAGUCACAACCGUCGUUCCUUAGUAGUUAUGAAUCACUCACCAACCAAGGCGGCAACGAAGGGGCACGAAAGGGGUCGAUAACGUCUCAAUCUAACAUGUCGAUGAACAAGCUCUUCCGGCGUAAUAAGGGAGAUGGGGGAUUUGACGAAGACACGGGGGCGGAUAUUAAUGAGCUCACCAACGGGUCGAAUGUUUCGUUCGAUGACAUUUCGCAUAUCAGGGACAGAGGGCCAUACGGAGUGAAUGGGCCUCAGCAUUUGGAUUCGACUCCGUUCAUACCCACAAUUGGAGGUGGAAUCGGGUCAGCAUCUGGAAGAUCGAUGACUAAUAUCCAGUAUAGAAAGCAGAUGAACCACCAGAAGAAAAUGGCGUAUGCAUCUAACGCAAGGGCAAUGUCUUUGGCAGGAUCAAAUCCAAUGCAACAACCUUCAGAUCCACGUGCUAUGUCAUUAAGCUCAUUUGGUAACGGUAAUGGUCCUAGGACAAUGUCUUUGAACUCCAAUGGGAUGAUGGCUAACGGGCCAAGGGCUAUGUCUUUGAAUAAUCGUAUGCAAAUGCCUCCUCCAGGAAAGGGUGGAUUCAUGCCCCAAAAUGGCCCUAGAACUAUGUCGAUGAGAAACAAUGGAGCUCAAUUUACCAAUGGUCCCUACAUGCAACCUGCCGGAGGACCAAGAGCUAUGUCUUUGACAAAUGGUCCACCUGGACCUCGUGCAAUGUCAUUGACUAACGGCAAUCCCAUGAAUCAACAACAACCCCAAUUCCAUCCACAAAACAUGCAACAAAUGCAACACAUGCAGCAAAUGCAACACAUGCAACAAAUGCAACAAAUGCAACAGCAAAAUCCACAACAAUAUAGUGGAUAUUCGACGUUGAAUCCAAACGCGAGAGCUAUGUCAUUAAAUGGGGGAAAUCCUCUUAACGAUCCAAGGUUAAACCAGGCUGGCGGCAGCCAGUUCAUUAACCAGCAGCAAAGACAAAAUAUGCCACAAGCAAUUCCAAGCGGUCCUAGUCCAAAUGCUCCAGUUGGAUCAAACCAAAAUUAUGCUCAAAAGUCAAAUGAUUCAUUAAUGAAUGUCUUAGAAGAAGAAGAAGAAAAUGCGGCAAACUCACCAAAAGAUAACCAGGCACCACCCUCAAAUAGGAGAGAUACCGAUGAGGAUAAUAUCAACGACGAUGUAGUCUACAAAUUUGAUGAGCAUGAUGAUGCUGGUCUGCUUUCAAGGAAAUCGACAUUAAAGAAAUCGAAUUCCAUGAAAUUACGUAAAUUGAAUUUAUUCAACAAUGAGACUCGUGAGCAGCCUGAUAUACCAGAAACUUCAUUUGAUGAAUCUCCAGAUGAUUCUAGAAGGUUGUCUCACUCGUCUCAAACAACAUAUGACAAUGGUAACGAUGUUUCCCCAUCCUUUAACUUGAGAAAUGCAAGAGGAGCGAGAGAAUCGGUGCUACAUGAUGAACCUAAUGCUGAAGAUAUGGCCCAAAGAGAUGAACGUCAAGAAAAGUUUAAGUCACUUGGUGCAACUGCUGAAUAUGAUAGCUCUAAUGCUAACUCAUCAAACAAAGAUGAUGUCUUCGUAACGGCUAAUGACUUAAUCUCCCCAUCUAAGUUAGGUAGAGUUAAUAAUAGUAAGAAAAACUCACCAUUAAAGAAUUCUGGUUAUGAAGAUAUCAACGAGAACGAAGAAAAUGACAUUGACAAUGACAGUAAAACGUUAAGGAGAAGGGGUUCGCCUGAGCCUGUUUCUAAUGGAACUCUGUACAAUGAUACUCCUACGAGGAUGCUUACAAAACAAGCGUCAAUUAGGUCGUUGGUAACUAAUACGGCGUUUGAUAAAUUUAGAGACCCUUCUAAAAAAACGAAUAAAGCAUUACCUGAGUUCCCGGCCUCUCCAAGUAAUAGUGAGUAUGGCGCCGCAAAUGCUACAAAUACAACAAAUGAAGAUCUCAAUCUGGAAAGAUCAUUCAGUCAACCCAAACAAAUGUUAGACGAAACGAGUAGCUAUAGCUCGUUAUCUUCUCUCGCACAGUCUCAAAAUGCCAAUCCUACCUCGUUUGAAAAAAAUGAUAUUCAGGGAGAACCUUUAGCAUCGCAACACGAGUCGGAUCAAAGCAUAUCUAGUACUCAGAGGGAUUAUAAUGAAAACACAACUCCUCCCACAACGCAUAAUUCAAAUAUAUCAAAUAACAAUGAUAAAUCUCAGAACGUUUAUAGCAUUGGUCAAGCAUAUCCUAAGGAUGUAAGUAAGGAUACAGGUAAUGAAAAACGUUUAUCCAACAUAAGGAAUAUGAAUACUUCAGAUAUGUUAAGCUCGCCAAUAGUGGAUGAUAACACAUUUAUCCCCGAGUCUUCCAAAAAAGAGAGAAGAUCUUCAAAGACCUUCUCACUUAGUAAUAAAUCGAAGAACAUUUUCAAAAGAUUUUCAAAGUCUGGGAAAAGGGGUACCGAUGAAGAUGAAAGCUUUACUAAUGAUGAUGUUUCAUUUAACCUGAACAGAAAUUCGAUUCACUCUUAUAAUCAAGGUGGUAUUCAAAACCGAAAAUUAUCGACAGCUUCAAUUGGACAGCCAAGACCAGAAAAGCCUCUUAAGUUUAGCAAGGAGGAAUUGGGUAUUAUGAACUGCAAUAAUGAAUUAUUGAACGAGUUGCAAUUAGUAACAACAGAGUUAGCAUCUUCGAUAAAGCGUGAAUUAGAGUUUGAAAACAGAUUGAAGAAUACGUCCAGCACUCCUCUCGAAGGUAAAGAAGAAUUACAAAGUCAAUUACUUGAGAAAGCUAAAAUCAUUUCAGAUUUGCAAGACAAAUUAAAUAAAGAAAGAUCAUUAAGAUUUAUAUGCGAAGAGCAUGCAUUAUUAGCUGAGAGUGGAGCCUCGCCAAGUCCUUUAAAAUUAAACUAUGAAAAAACUGAAUUGUAUAAGCAGUUAUUGAUUAAAAAUGAUUUGGUUAAUCAGUUACAGGAUAAAAUCGAAGAAUCUCAAAGGAAACAAAGUUCUAAUGAUAGUAAUUUGUUAUUCAAGUAUAAUGAAUUGUUGGAAGAGAAUACAGAUUUGAAAUUAAAGGUAAUCCCUGACUUAGAGAAGCGCAUUGAAGAAUCGAGAAGUGCUAGCAACUUGAGCAAUAAUAAUAAACUGUUGAAUUUAAUUAACAGUUCUAAGAACCAUAGUAGUACAAAUAGUCAUACUGAUUAUGAUGAUGAGUACUAUGAUGAGGAAUAUGAUCAAUCACGCGAGCAUAUUGAGAUUUCUACCUUGAAGAAUCAAAGAGAAGAAUUGCGAGAGGUUGUCUCCAAGUUAUCUUCGAGCUAUAAUUAUGAAUUAAAAUUAGCUCAGGAGAAGAUUAGAAAUUUAGAAUUAAAGGUCCAAGGCAUGAAUUCUAUUAAUAAUAAAUUAUCCCAAAGAUUAGAAUCCAACCGUACAAUCAGCGGCAAUCAAAGCAAUCAUAAUACUACUACAAACUCAUCAUUAAAUAUCCUCGGUAAUAAUAAAGGAGGAAAAUUACAAGGAUUUGCAAUUGUUUCUCCAACAAAGAAGUUGUUUGAUGAAUAA